UAUAAUCUCACACAUUAAUACAUAUUUUAAUUUUUUAGGUACAAUAACUUUUUAACUUCAAUUUUUUAUUAAAAAAAUAAAAAAAUAGCAUCAAUGCUACAACAUAACAUCCAUGCAAAUUUAUUUAGAAUGACAUCCUCUGCUCUCCAAUAGUAUAGCAUCUUAUUGGAGAACAUUGUCCCAUAUGGAUUAAAUGUAAAAGUAUUGAGCUAUAUAUAAGAACAUGAGCUACUCCACUCAUUGCUAGCAAGUGAUCCUGAUUAGUGGUUAAAAAUACACUUUUAUUUAUUUUAAAUGAUAAAAUAAAUUGAGUUUUAAUUGAUAUUUCAUGAAAUUAUUGUAAUAUAUUUUAUAAAUGAAAAUAUUUGAUUUUGAUUCAAUUUAUGUCUUUCUUGUAGGAAUUAAAGUGUAUUUUUGUUGAAAGAAAGAGGAAGGAUCAAAGUUGAAAAGAAAUGAAGAAAAAAAUGGCAUUUUUGUUGAAGUCCAAAGCAACCCAACCCAAAAAGGUCAAGCCUAGCCCAUGAAGCUCAUCAUCAAUUUUGUCUCUUCUAAAGCAUGUGAUGCAAUGAUGAUAAGCUUAGGUUAUCAUCAACUCUAUUUUCCUCUUCCACACUCAACAUUCAUCCAAAGAGCAGAAGACAAAAUCACAAUGAUAACAAAAAUAAUAUUAAUUUUAUUUUUGAUUUGAAAUGUCAAAUUUAAUCUUAAUAUUUAUUUUAUAAUCCCAAAUUUUUAUUUAUUUAUUUUUAGUCCUUUUAUAGCUCUAUAAAUAGGAGCUCAUUUUAGUAAUUUGGAGUGUAAUUUUUUAGUGUAGAAAAAACUAUAGCAAAAUUCGCUCAACUUUUCUUCUCAUCUUUUCUCUUUAGAAAUUUUAUGAGAAUGAUUAGCAUAAUGGCCUAAUCUUCCUUGGAAGGUUAGGGAUGAUUCCAUAUGCAAAGUGAGGUUAUUUUGUAUCUUUGAUUUACUUUUUGUUGUAAUAUUUAUUUGAGUAAUGCAAGUUCAUAUUCCACUUUUAUUUUUAUAUUCUUCUUCCAUCUAUACUAUCUAUGCUAUUAUAUACCAAAUAUAUAUAUAGACUUAGUCAUGCUCUUUCUAUAUAUUUUUAUUUAGUGAUUAUAGUAAGGCCAAAGAUGUAGUACCUCAGUUGGCAUUUGAGGUUUUCAACACCUCAACAGAUUGUGACCAUUGGAUGAUAAAACAAAUUAAAUGUUUGGAAUCUAAGAGUGAGGAAUUAUGUACUGUGUAGUAAGGGUAAAAAUAGAAGAAACUGGCAACCGGUAUGUGAUAUUAAAUGCCAUUAUUAUUAUUUUAUUUUAUUAAGAAAAAAGAAAAAGGAUUAAAGCUCUUCUUCUCUUCAAAACAGCUCUUCAAUUUUCUUCACUUUUCUUUUUCUUCACAAAAGAAAUUAUUUUAGAUGAGAGGCUACAAACUCAAGGAAUAAUUUGAUAAUAAUCAAAGGUAAAUUUCUCUCACAAUAGAUAGAUCUCCCACACAUAUAUACAGUAUUUUUGUUUUAGUUUUCACUUAAAAAAAGUCUUUGUGUGAGUAGAUUUCUUUCUCUCUCUCUCGUAGUGUUCAGUGAUCAUCAACACCUCCGUCCAGCAAUCGUCCUUAGCUCCGACAAUCAUCGUCGGCCCUGUGAGUCGUCCCCUGCUUCGAUUUUGCUCCAGCUGCAUUUAUGUUUGGGUUUCUCGGCACCGAUCUUGCUAUAUGACCAUCCAGUAGUUUAGACUAAUUGAACAUUAAUAGACUCUCUUUAUAAGCUACUCUUGGUUCCUACUCAUUAAACAUAGACAAUGAUGGGAGCACCUUUUGGGUAAGGUUUUUCUUAUUCUCUUAUGUCUUGUACAUCUUGUUUUGCCUGUUUAAUUUUAAGAAGAAAAAAUAGUAAAGCAAGGGAAGCAACUCUUUUUCUUAUUCUUGCUUUGCCUCCCAAUUCCAGAUGGACUAGAACAAAAAAAAAUUUGUAAAGUCUCACUCAUAGACAAUUAAUUUCGUUUUUGUCUAGAUUUGCUAGUACCCCAUUUAUGCAUUUCAUUUUUUCUCUUUUGUACUUAGACGCACUGAUGAACGCACAAGGUCACACUUUUCAAAAGCCCUUUACAAUCAUGGUUUUUUCUCUAUGUAUAUCCUUAGUCACGCAAAUGCAACUUAGUUUUUUGUCAAUGUAAACAAACUAUCGUGGUUUUCUUUAACAUUAUUCUUAUGUAGUUUCAUAUUUUAGAAACUACAAUCCAAUGUUAUAAAGAUUAACAGAGGCAUCGAAAAGCACAAAAGAAUACUUAAGCAUUAGGCCAAUUCCAAAUAGGUACCGCUCCCAGCCAAUUCCUCAAUUGGCUAGCCCCUGUAUCCAAGAAUCCCUUCAUCACCAUUGAUAUAACAUAUCGAUGAUUGAAUAGGGGUUGUGUGUAGAUAUUCAGGGUCAUAUAAUAUCAGCCCCUUGUCAUUUCCUGUUGUAGAGUGUAUUUUGAUGAUCGUAUACAAUUUUGCUAUAUGAGUUUUGUUCAAUUCUCUUGGUUUUGAUUUGGGUUUUUUGAGUUUUUCCACUUUUAAUGUUUCAGAUCUUUGAAAUUUGCUUUGUGUUUUUCACACUUUUCAAAAACCCAUUACAACUCGCUAUCAAAGUUUUUGACAAAUAUUUUUUACCCAUAGUUGAUCGUUCGUACUAACUCCUUUAAAAAUGCUACAGUGCAAUCUAUUAUUUGCUUAUUGUUGUAUUCUUUUCAGCACUAGUAGUCUAGUAUUCUUGUUAGAUUACAUACAUAUUGCCAAGCCACUCCUCAAGGUCAUUGUUUUUAUUUUAAUGGAAUUGUUUUCAUUUUUUAAUGGAAAAAAUUGUAAAGUUUUUCUUCUUUUCAGAAGCGCUCUUCAAUUCUGUUAAGUUUUCUUUGACUACGUUAAAAGGAUUUGAUCAGCCAUGGCAUAAUAAAACUGAAGGAUUGAUAAUAACGAAAGGUUGUGAAGAAGAGUCUCCCUAAGCCCGCAUCGUCCGAGUUCAUCAAGUGAUCUAAUCCUCUGAAUUUAAAGUUUCAAUCGAUCUGUACCUAUCUCCACUCAACAAACUCCAGCAAUUUGUCAGGCUGCGAAUUUGUUGCAGUUAUAUAAUGAAAAGAAUGGGGGAUGCUACAGAUAGGGAGACAUCCUUUAUUUGUAGUCGAUGCUCGCCGGGUAGAGUUGUGUCGAUUAUUAGUCAGCUUAGCAGUGAGCAAAAAACUUUAGUUAACGAAAUUGGAUUUGGUAACUUAUUGGGUUUAAAGAAAUGUAAUUUGAAGAGGAAAUUGAUCCAGUGGUUGGUAGAUAAUUUCAAUGUAGAAGAUGGUUGUUUAAGAGUCCAUGGAAAAGUGUAUGAAAUGAAUAGUCAUUUAUUUUCAUAUAUUACUGGUAUUCAUGAUGGUGGGGAACACUUAUCGGAUUCCAAAUCUGAUAAUUGUAAUGAUGGGCGGAUAUUGAUCUCUCACUUGGAAGAGAAGUUGAAAUGCAACAACAAGACUGAUAUGGGGUUUGUCCAUCAGUUCUUACUUUUUAUUGUCAGUGUGUUCUUGAUGCCUAACACAACAGUUUAUGCGAGUCGGGAUUACGAGGCUCAAAUAUUAGCAUUGAAGGAUUUAGCCAAUGUGCGAAGAAUUAAUUGGGCUUCAAUGUCGUUUAAGUAUCUCGUGAUGGGUUUGAGUGCAUUCAAAAGAAGUAGUUCAAAAUAUGUUUGUGGUUGCUUGUACUUUUUGCAGGUUUUCUAUCUUCAUCAUGUGCGAUGCAGUGAAUCAUUUGUAGACAGAAGUUUAUGUCCGAUUUGGUGGUGGUCUGAUUGUGAAACUAAUAAUAUGAUUGAAUGGAUUGAUAAGAAUGGGGGAUUAGGCUCUUCGACAAUAAACAUGCGAGAAAUCUUAAGUGCAUUCGACAUGGAUAAUGUUGUUCGCAGCCUCUCCCAUCUUUGUUGUAGGGUUGAAAAUUUAGAGAAAGUUUACUUAGAAUUACAACCCAAUGUUUUGAAGGAACCUAGUAAAGUCUUUUAUUUUGUUAUUUUUUUUAGUGAGGUGUUAGUGGAGAAUCCACAGUUUGUUGUGCAAAGAAUACAUUUUCUAAGUUUAAGGCCACACCAUCAUGUCCAUAGAAAGAUAAUUGAUGCUUAUUCAAGUUUUUUGUACUUUAUUCAUUUGAGAAAAUUACGGUCGAGCAAUACAUCUAAUGGAAUUAUGUUUCUCCCCAGUUUUUAUCCUGGACAGCUCACUCGCAAGAGUUUUUGUGAGAUGGUUGUUAAAUGGUGUAAAUGUGGUGAAGAAGAGUCAUGGAAAACAUUGAUUGUGCGGAUGGAAUUGGUAGUUGUUCCUCUGAUGGACGUGGUGAACAAUCAUGUGAUUUUGGUUGUAGUGAAUUUAAACAAAAAGUUUGUGACAAUAUGGGAUAGUAAGGACGAUUUGAAGCUACAUUUGCAUAAGCAGGAAUUAGUGCUUGAACUGUUAGAAGUGCUUGAUGAUUUGUUUUUGGUGGAAGUUUGGAACUGCUUUGGCGUUGGAUGGAAAUUUUCAAAUUCGAUGAUAAUUCCUGGUCCAAGUUUACCUCAGCAGACUGCAGUUAGUGAUUGCGGUGUAUUUGUGAUAAAGUACAUGAAAAUCCUUUCUGAAUGGAGGAACAUGUGUGCAGAGUUUGACCCACUUUCCGAGCGACUAGCAGUCUCACUGGAGUUGGUGGCUGGAGAUAAUAAUCUUGUUAAAUUUACUGUUUCUAAAGAUGCUACUGAACACCAUCAACAUCAACUAAGACAAGGAGACAUUAGUAGUAAAAGGCAGCGGUGUCGUUCUCCAAAGAAAUUGUUGCCUUUAUCCAAAUUUUCUAGUAAGAAAAAACGAAGGAGAUAUUGGCAAAGGUUUGCUUCAUACAAGAAAACAAGAAAAUGAGUGAAAGGGUACUGAUUAUGUAACUAAUAAGUUUAUAUAAUGGUAAAUGUACUUUCAAUUUAUAUGAGUCCUAAGUAAACGUUGGAGAAGUCUAUUUGUUUUUCUUAAUAUUUAACUGUGGGCCUUUUUGUUUUAAUGUUGGAAAUGUUGAUAGGUAGUCCAUUGUAUGGUAUGAGGCUUCUAUUUAGUUUAUAAAUGUGGAUCACUUGCUCAUCCUAUGGGUACUAUGUGCAAUAUGAUGUACUAAGACAUUAGUUACAACUCCCUACAGUUUAUUUUAGGUUAUAUCUUAUGUUUAUAUUUGCUUUUGAG